GGGAAAAAAAAUAAAAGUACCCACCCAGAACUUGUAAGAAAAUGCAUGCCAAGCCCUUUGUGCAUUGCCUGGCAUACUCAGAGCUCCCCACAAAAGGCAGCUUUAUUCAGUAAAUGCCCCUUGAGCUAUGCCAUGUGCCAGCCAGGGUGGCAUUUAGAGGGCGCCCCAGAGGAUGCAGAGGAGGCUGCCAGGAUGCAGGCUGUCGUGGGCCCUCAGGGCUCCCCAGGGAAGGGGUUGGUGGCUGCCUCAGCAGAUGCACUGAGUGCCUGACUCACGUUCUAGAGGUUCCUGAGGGAGGAUGGAAGGUGAGACUCCGCUCUCCGACCCCGCACUUUGAUCUGAGAGCCACUGGCCAGGCCUGCCUUUCACCUCUUUGCCUUGCUUACCACCUCCUCUAGAAUAUUCACUCUCAGCUACCCGCUGCUCACCCUUCCCAACUGAACGCUGGAGCUAUCUCUUCCAGGCAGCCUUCUCACCGCACCUGGUGUGGCUGGAGUAGACGUCUCCUCCUACGGGCCUGCGCUCCCCUGGUUACGAAUGACCCAGGAGUGUCUGAAGCAGGACACCUGGCCUUGCUCUUCUCGCUCCUCAGGGCUGGCACCUGGAAGGUGCUCAGCAACUACGUAGACUGCUUUCCUUGGCACCGCUCUCCACCCAUCCUCCAGCUCAGCUCUGGUUCACCUGGUCAGGGGCACAAGGGCUCCACUGUGUGCCGGAGUGCACAGCUGGUUAAGACUUCUGCUUCCUGAGGUGUCACCUCACCUGGAGAUUUACAGAAGGGCCUUGCCAGCUCCAGGGCCAGCAAUGGGCACAGAUGGUGGUUCUCAUGGACCCAAUGGAGGACCCUGAUGACAUUCUGCGGGCGCACCGCUCCCGGGAGAAGUCCUACCUGUUUGAUGUGGCCUUUGACUUCACUUCCACCCAGGAGAUGGUGUACCAGGCCACCACCAAGGACCUCAUAGAAGGUGUCAUCUCAGGCUACAAUGCCACUGUCUUUGCCUAUGGCCCUACAGGCUGUGGGAAAACUUACACCAUGCUGGGUACUGAUCAUGAGCCGGGCAUCUAUGUUCGGACCCUCAAUGACCUCUUCCGUGCAAUCGAGGAGAGCAGCAGUGACGUGGAGUAUGAAGUAUCCAUGUCCUACCUGGAGAUCUACAAUGAGAUGAUCCGGGACCUGCUGAACCCCACCCUGGGGUACCUGGAGCUGAGGGAGGACUCCAAAGGAGUGAUCCAGGUUGCCGGAAUCACUGAGGUCUCCACUAUCAAUGCCAAUGAGGUCAUGCAGCUGUUGAUGAAGGGGAACCAGCAGAGGACCCAGGAGCCCACAGCUGCCAACCAGACAUCCUCGCGCUCCCACGCUGUACUGCAGGUGGCCGUGCGCCAGCGCAGCCGGAUCAAGAGCAUCGUGCAGGAGGUGCGGCUGGGCCGCCUGUUCAUGAUCGAUCUGGCCGGCUCUGAGCGCGCCUCCCAGACACAGAACCGCGGGCAGCGCAUGAAGGAGGGGGCCCACAUCAACCGCUCCCUACUGGCCCUGGGCAACUGCAUCAAUGCACUGAGUGACAAAGGCAGCAACAAGUAUGUCAACUAUCGGGACAGCAAGCUCACCCGGCUCCUCAAGGACUCACUGGGUGGAAAUAGCCGCACUGUGAUGAUCGCCCACAUCAGCCCAGCAAGCACAGCCUUUGAGGAGUCCCGGAAUACACUGACCUAUGCUGGCCGGGCCAAGAACAUUAAGACAAGGGUGAAACAGAACUUACUAACUGUUUCCUAUCACAUCGCCCAAUAUACUCAUAUUAUUCAGAGCCUGCGUAGGGAGAUCCAGCAACUGAGGGGAGAAAUUUACCAUCGGGCAGGGCAGGGCAGGGCCUGGCCCUGGGCCCGCCCCGAGCGAGGAGACAUCUGCCACAUGAAAGCAGCCGAAGUGCAGCUGCAGGCCGAAAUGAGGGCGCUGCAUGAGCAGCUCACCGGCACUUUUCAGCAGGAGAUGGAUGCACGCAGGCGUCUGGCGGAGCUGGAGAAGCGGGCCACGGAGGUCGAGCAUGAGAUUGAGGCCGUCUGCGGGUUGCUCACCACCGCUAGCUGGAAGCACAAGAAAUCCGGCAAAGGCCUGAAGUGUCAAGCGGAGCUGAGGAAGAAGUGCUCCGACUUGGGCAAUGACAUCCUAGAGCCACCUGAGGUGGCCUCAGCCCGGGAGAGCAUCCCCGCCCUUCUGGAGGAGCAGAAGAAGCUCCACAGGGAGAAGUUGGUACUGCAGCAGCACUGCCAGCAGGAGCUGCGCACCCGGUGCCAGCGCCUGGAGGAGAUGCUGCUUCGGCUCCUUGGCUCUGAGGAGCAGCGGGAGGUACUGAGUUUGCUGUACCAGCUACACAAAUCUGAGAUGGAAAACACCGAGGCGCAGUUUCACGCGCUGCUCCGCAUGUGCGACAAGAUCAUCAGGGGCCAGAAGCAUAUCAUUGACGAUCACAACCUGCCCGUCCCGCAGCACCUGGAGGACCUCUACUCAAUGUAUCACCUGGAGCAGGAGGAGUGUGGCCUAGAGCAAGUCACCAUCACCGACCUGGACCUCGGGGCCUCCAGGGCCAGGAAGGAUAGUUUCCUGCCCAAGAUAACCCGGGACGUGGAGAGGUUGAAUUCUGAAGGCAAAAUCACUACCCUACCCCACCUCACCACAGAGAGCUUCCACCCUAGGGGGCCGGACCUCAGUGCCACCAGUAGCCACUCAUCUUCUGCCAACCUUAGUAAAUUACACCAUGCGCGCACAGUCAGACCCCGGGCCUGGCCAGCAAAGAGCUCCUCUGUGCCCACCCCACCUCCCAUCCCGGUAGGCAGCCUGGUAACCCAGGAGGCCCCACCUGCAGAGAGCCUUGGCUACCACCUCACCUCUUCCCCCGAGAGUGAUAAAAGUCUACCUGCGAUCCCCUUGGCCCCAAAAGAGGGAAAGGAGACCCUGACCAGGUGCGUCUCAGCCAAGGCUGUCCAAGGGCUCUCACAGGCCCAGGCUGUAGAGGGGCGCCACCUGCUGGCAUCUGCCACAGAACGAAGCAGCCAGUCUCUGAAUUCACUAAACGAGGCUGAUGACGCUGGGCCACCCAAGCCCACACUGCAGCAUUCAGCCAGUGAGAACAAUCUGCCCAGAGGCACAGAUGAGAUCCCCUUCCAUUUGAUUGGGCAUCAUCAGGGUGAUGGCCCCAGGCCCUGUCUGGGUGGCCAGAAGAAAAACAUAAAGAAGAAAGAGGAGUCACUGGAGGAAAAGAUGAGGAAGCGGAGGUCCCUUGAGGUCACAGGGCAAGGGCUCUCCCGCCCCAAGACGACACAUGUCCCCCGUCCCCCGGAGAGCACCGGGGACCGCAGGGUGCCAGCAUACAGGCACCCAGUAGCUGGAAACCAGCAUCCAGGAAAAGGAAGUCUGCCUCUGGCCCAAAUCAGACCCCCUCCCAGCGAGGGCUCCGGCUCUGAGGACACUUUGCCCCUUAUCACCUGGAAAAAGACCUCAUCUGAAUGUGGAUCGGCUAUGACAGAUUCAACCAGCUCCCUUCCUCCUCCUCCCCAAAUCGCCCUCCUCUCCCCCUGGCUGGGGAAAGGGUUUUCCUCUACAUCCAAGGCCCCUCCCCAGGAAAGGCAGGGCUAGAGCAAGGUCCAGUUUGUGCCC